AAUGAAUGUUUAAGAUCAGAAUGAGUUUGAAAGAAAUUUGUAUGCAUAUUAUAAGCAUCUUUUUCCAAUCUAGAUGAUUGUUGAAUGGCUAACAUAUGCAAAGGAUAAUCCACCUGAAUUAAAGUAUUUUAAUAGAAGAGAAUUUUCAUUUGAAAGGAGUAUAGGUGAAGACACUUUUUAUUAAAGAUAUUAGCAAUUUCAAAAUGCGUAUGGUCUUUAAAAAUUCCUCUUAGAUAACUAAUAAAAUGAUGAAACAUCAUCUCUUAUAAAAUAUGAUAUUGGUGCUGUUUUUGAUAAAUUACCUAAAAAGGGUGAAAAGCUUAAAGCUUUGGAAAAGGAAAUUGUUAUAGAUAUUGAUAUGGAUGCAUAUGAUGAAGUGCGUACUUGUUGCUAAGGAGCAAAAAUAUGUGAAAAAUGUUGGAAAUUUCUUUAAGUAGCUUGUGAGAUUUUGAGACCAGCUUUAUUCUAUGAUUUUGGGUUGGAACACAUUUUAGCGGUUUAUUCAGGAAGAAGAGGAAUACAUUUGUGGGUUUGUGAUAGUCAUAUAAGAAAAUCUACAAAUGAAGUCAGAUCAGCUAUUAUAGGAUAUUUGAAUAUUAAUAUUGGUAAUGCAGAUUCUGAGGAAAUUAUAAAAGAGAUAAAAUAGGAGAAAAUAGAAAAAUUACAUCCUUCUAUUUAAAGAGCAUAUAUGAUAGCACAAUAAUUUUUUAAAUAAAUAAUCUUAGUUGAUCAAAAUAGUUUAAAAAUUGAGAAUGUUAAGAAAAAGAUUUUAACAAUUUUGAAAUAAACAAAAAUUCUUAAUCCUAAAUUAGAGAAAUUGAUUUUGGAAACAAAUGAUUCUUUUUAGAUUUGGGAAAUCAUUUGUUCUUAAGAUUCAGAAAGACUUGAAAUUGCUAAAUUAUAAAUAAUUUUAAUGUGUUUAUAUCCUCGCCUUGAUGCACAUGUCAGUACUACAAUUAACCAUUUAUUGAAAGGUCCUUUUAGUAUACAUCCAAAAACAUGUAAUAUUAUAAUGAUUAUUAGAACGUGUUUGUGUUCCAUUCAAUCUUAAAGAUAGUUCAUAAUUUAAUCCAUUAGACACACCUACUUUACCUAAUAUUAUACAAAAAUUAGCAGAAUUACCAAAUGAAUUGAAAUAAAGAGAAAAUGAGAAUAAAAUAUUUCCAUUUUUAGGAAAAGAAAUACAAAGUUUAAAAAAAUAUAUAGAAUUAUUUGAAGAUUUUAUCUCUAAAUAUAAUAAGCCUAAAAUUAACUGA